CUCUUUCAAUCUUUCAGUUUAACUCCAUUUUUUACGGCCGACUUUAGUGGACUUAAGUGACUCAGACAAUUGUACAUACGGACGAGAAAUAUCCGACUUCAACUCUGACAUAAUUCUAAACGUUUCCCUAUCGCUACCGGUUUCUUUCCAAGGUCACCGGCGCUGCGGUCAGAUGCAUCAGAUGCGCAGCUACUAGCACCAUGCAGUUCGAUUCUAACGGUGGCGCGGGACUGGAUACGAAGUACUUGGAUUCGGCAGUACAGAGACAUUUGAGCUGUUCUAUUUCAGAUACACCCCCACCACCACCACCACUACUACUAUUAACUCUCUCGUUAGCCGCCCUCGUAUAAAAAAAGAAAAAAAAAAGAAAAAAAAAAACAAAAAACUUGGGACUUUCAAUAUAAUUCCCUAGCUAUAAAGUCAGCAAAAGACGCGAUGACCUCUUCAAGGCCUGGUGUCGAUCUGGAGAAGGAGUUGACCUGUUCGAUCUGUACGGAUAUCCUCUACCAACCCUUAACCCUCCUCGAUUGCCUCCACACUUUCUGCGGCUCUUGUCUUAAAGACUGGUUUUCAUGGCAAAAGAACGUAGCAGAAAAUUCACCAAACCCCCCAUCCCCUGGUUCGAUAAGAUUCACCUGCCCGUCUUGCCGUGCUCAAGUUCGAGAUACCCGCCACAAUGCUACCGUCACUACUUUGCUCGACAUGUUCCUGGCUGCAAAUCCGGACAAAGCCAAACCCGACGACGAGAAAGAGGAGAUGCGCAAGAAAUACAAACCUGGAGAUAAUGUCAUACCACGAAUUAGAAUACUCGAGAGGUCGCUCGAAGAGAGGCGGCUAGAGGAGAUGGAAAGGCGAAUGUUGGAACAAGCGCGCCAGAUGAGUUUGCAAGAUGUUGGUGUCGAACCUGGAGAGGGCUCUAGACCGAGGCGGCAUCAUGGCCAUAGCCGGUCCGAAGAUGGAAGGAGUAGAUCCGAAUGGGACAACAGUCGUGAGAUGCGAUAUCGAGACGAGCAUGAUAGACCCUUACGAGGAGACGGACAUCGGCGUCGGCAUGAUUCGAAUGGUAUGUUACAACCUGAUCCACCUCCGGAUGAGCGGCGCCGUUAUCGCAGUGAAUCACAGCAUCGCUCGCGUGAUUCGUCUCGAACUAGGAGGAGACAGGUUGAGCAUCAAGCUUCGAUAAGAUCACUGAUCAGUUCGUCCGAUGUGGACUUUCGCGAUAUAGAGAGGGAAAUAGAAGAGUUUGCACGACAAAUUCAGGAAGAAGGUCUGCUGGAUGGGUUAGACCUAGAUAACAUCGACCUGGCCCAGAAUGACGAACUGAGCCGAAAGAUCACCGAAGCAUAUAGACGGAGACAGAGGGAUCGCAUUCGUGGCCAACAGCCCCGGAGAAGCGACCCGGCCGUUACUUCACAGAGACCUGAGGCUCUACAACCUAACCCGCGGCCUCCUCCAACAGACACAUCCCGGGCUAGCAGCCGACCAAGAUCAAGAUCGGCGAAUAGUAGAUCAGCUACUAGUCAAAGCCAAGCAGACGAUCGGAGUCGACCUCCAGUCACAUCAACGCAUUUAGAGGUUCGCGCUGAUCCGGAAAGAAGGCGGCGGCGAAGGACUUCCAGCGACGCUAGAAGUGUAACCGAUCCCGUGCGGCCAAGGACAGCAGAGACAAGGCCAGCAGCCAGGUCGCAGACAGAUUUAACUUUGAGACCUCAAAGUACUGACCCAUCAGCACGACGUCCAUCUAUCACCGAAUCGAGGAGUUCCAGUAUGCCGACCACCAAUUCGGCCGCCCAGCCACCAGCGGGAGAAGGCUCUCGACCCCGAGACCUCUCUUUUAGCGCGCGAACAUCUGCUGCUCAGAUCCCCCUGGCACCCUCACCGGAACCUCAUUCUGAUGAUUCUAGCGUGGAACACCCGAAACGAGCGAGACGGCCUUCGAGUGUAGCCCCGCAAUCUCCAUUACCUAGCCUUGGUCUCAUAUCGUCUCCCUCUCACCAAACACAUCACCAACAUACGAGAUCCCAAUUCUAUCAAGAACCGGCAAUCACAUGUUCUCGAUGCAGUCGGCCUCAUAUCGAAUAUGAGCUUCACUACAACUGCGCAAGAUGCGCUAACGGGGCGUGGAAUAUCUGCUCGAGCUGCUAUCGUUCUGGAAAAGGGUGUGAAAAUUGGUUUGGCUUCGGAUAUGCAGCCUUUAAGAAUUGGCAGAAAGUUAUAGCAGACGGUAAUCGAGGACUUGAACCGCCGCAUAUGUUGACUUCGUGCCGAUACAGGCAACCUAAGUACGCACCGGGCGGUGCGGAAGGACGUAGGACGCUUACGACUGAUGAUCCAGCUAAUCGUUUAGAAAGUGGCAUGUUUUGCGUAGGAUGUUUGGCUUGGGCUAACGAGUGUUUUUGGCGGUGUGAAUCUUGCAACGAAGGCGAUUGGGGCUUCUGCAAUAACUGCGUAAAUGCGGGCAAAAAUUGUACUCACCCCCUACUUCCAUUGGCGUAUGUCGCGCCAGGAACGGGCUCUAGUACCCCGCCGGCUAGUCCACCACUACCUAAACGCCCGCGAGGUGCGACGCUUUCGUCGGGUCCUAACGCUGUUAGCCUUGGAAACUUUAAGUCGCUUACUUUUACGACGACAUGUGAAGUCUGCCAUGGGCCUAUUCCGCCUACCGAUAAGAGGUAUCACUGUUUUGAGUGUAGCAGCAAGGACUUAGAGGACGGGCAACCAGGAGACUACGAUAUAUGCGAAGAUUGCUACAUCGGCCUUGUUCACGACAAGCGCAUAUCGGACGAAAACGGCCAUAUGGGAUGGAGACGCUGUUUAGAAGGUCAUAGAAUGGCCGUCAUUGGAUUUAUGGAGGGUCUACUUGGUCUUAGACGUUGCGUACUACAAGAUAUUGUUGGGGGGAGGAGUUUACGCUCAGAGCCAUACGAGGGCACUGGUGUCCCGGACGACGAGCAGCACCAGCCGAGGGGCGCACGUAUGCAGAGGUGGAGUUGGAAAGGACCGAACGGAUUGAAUCUCGAGAGGCUCGUAGCGGUAGAUGUGGCGGCGACGGCACCCGCGCUGGGCACGGAGCUAUUCCCUCCCGACGGAGGCGCCGGUUCAAGAGCGGUGGCGAAGUGGUCUUGGUACCCGCGGGCAGGCGUUACAGACGAGCUCCUAUUUCCCAAAGGAGCGGAAGUGAGAGAGGUGGAAGAUGUGAACGGCGAAUGGCUGUUCGGAAGCUACAUGGGCGCCCAAGGAUUGUUUCCCGCGCCGUACGUACGGAUUAUAGAGUAGCGAUACCGGACAUGCCACUUAACGAUAUAACGACGAUAAUGCCGCAUCUUGGACGGGAUCAGACAUAUUUGCAAUUUUUUAUACCUACCUUUCAUAUGAUUGAUAAUCAUGGACUUAUACCAUAGGACGAGAUACCUCGAUACGCAAUAUUAUAGCAUAGUUGGUUAUUCAGAACUGAACUUUAGUAUGAUUUGAAAGUCUACCUUAGGUAUGUAGUUAAUUCCAUAGCACAUUUGAAUAAGUUGAAUUGUUCUAAGCUUUA